AUGUCACAUCCCUAUUCACCCAACCGUAGUAUUCUCUCCGUUCCCGAUGGGGAUGCUCGAUCUGCGAAUGACGUAUACGAUGGAUCUGAGCCAUCUAGCCACGCGAAUGGCGAUUUCCGUCGAGGCCACGUCCACUUCGCUGCUGAAUUGGGAAGCGCCAUUGAAGAAACUGUUGCAUCGAUUUUAACAAGACACGGAGGCUCUGGUGUUGACAAGAGCCUUGCCUGGGAAGCCAUCCAGAGUCUAGCAAGGUCCAAGCUUGACGGACUUACAAGUAGCUUGAUAGCACAAGAGGACCAAGGCUUUCACACUUCUAAUAAUUUUAUUUCUGCCGCUGAAACUUCGCUUCUCUCUCUUGGAAAUGCCGGCUCUAUGGACCACGAUGUCCCAUUGAUGACAGACUUGGAUGCGUUCUUCCAGAAUGAACAGCCUCCUGGCUUCGAAAAUGUUCAAAGCCUGGCCGUACCAGAAUUAGAACGUACCAUUUAUGAUGAUGGUCCCUUCUCACUGUGGCAGAUGCCCAUUCCAAGCCCCUCCUCCGGAACGAUUACUCUGCCAACCAAUAGUCCAUCCUUACAAGAGCCGUGGCCCGAUGGAAAUUCUGUUGACUCUUCUACGACAGGUAGCACACGCACUAUCACAACCACUCCUGUUCCUAGACGUCGUGGUACGGCGGCCAAACAGGCCGGACAAAGACUCGCGAUUCCUCAAGCACGGCACGACGAUUCUUGGCCCCAGAGAAACUUCAGACCUUUAUCCAAGCGUUCCAUAACUCAAGCUGAUCGUUUGAUGCAAAUUGAUGUGACAAAACUACCUAGUCAGCGAUCUAAGCGUGGAAGACCGAGUCAACGGCCUAGUUGCGCUCGUUGCAAGAUUCAGAAGAGAAGAUGCUCUGGUAACGCUAAGGCUUGCGAGUCUUGUGAUGUGUCACCCUUGUAUCGACAUCUCUGCAUUCCCGCAGAUUUUAAAGGGUCGCGGACUCUCCUUCACAGCUUGUACCAAACACGGAUCCAAUCUUUACUCGAUAACGUCGCUGAAUGGCUCCCGGUAAAAAGUUGUAAUGCAGUAAAUAUUGAAAUCUCAAACGGGUUUACACCGACAAUGCAAGUGUCAUUAAGGCCGUACGUCCCUUUCAGCCAAGAUGCUCUCACUCACGUGCUAUUCCGUGGGACUGAAGCUGGCAUGAUUACUCCGAAGGCUGAGAGCACGGCAUUUUCUCUGGAAAAUGGCACUUUAACACCGGAGAAGAUCGAUGCCUAUUGCGAUAGCCUUGCAUUCGACCUAGCACUGAAUGAAGGAAGGAAGGCAACGGACAGGAAUAGGCUUGCGAGUCAUAUUCUUAUGUUUGCUACGACACAAUGUGCAGGACUUCAGGAAGUGCCGAGGAUAGAAGGGAUCGGCUUGGUACAGCUUGCGCUACGGUUCUGGGCCAUGCAGGCUGUAUUUUUCAAGUAUCCUUGGACGAUAGUGAAAGGUGCUUCAGAGAUAGGCAUGUCUCCGCUGGAUAUCCCUGGAUGUUGGUUUGGAAAGACACUACUCCCGCGGCUUGUCAACCAACAACUCGACAAGGCUUUCGAAACCCGUAUGGAUGAACUUGAACGAGAGAUCCUUGAACAACUUCAAAAUAUGAUCCUCCGCCGUGACCGAGGCACGUACUGGUGUGCCAUUUUCUUAACAACCUUUACACUCUUACAUAGCCUCGAGAAAGACUCGUGGAACAUGCACGCCUGGGAGUAUGAGAAGAAUCGUGAUGGUGGAACUCGUUGGCCUUUGAGAAGAGACCCGUGUGAUUACUAUGGUCAGAACAAACAUAUCGCAGAUACAUUGACGACAUAUUUCCGUAUUGUGACGAAUGGGCAUGCGCCGUUUGGCAUAGACUGGACAAAAUCUUCAAACCAAGGCCUCCUGGGUGAGAGUUCAUAUGCUCGGUCGCUGAUUGAGGGCAUACAAAAAGACCUACAGAACCCCCAGUCCAACUACGGGAGAGAGUUAUAUGCCCUGAGCGAGUUUCGAAGGGACGAUAUCGAGAGCUUGAACUAUUACUACACCAAGAGAUUGAUUUUAGGUUAGACCAAGAUACGACGCUAUAUUUAUGAGUAUCUCAACUAGAAAGCUAUAUAUAAACACUUGAAGCAAAUACAGAAAAAAACCU